AUGAAGUUUUCCCCAAAUUUGCAAAUCGCUCGUUUUCUACAGAGCCGACAUUCUCGUCACAAAAUUGUUGUGCAACUUCGACAUUCAUCACCAGCAGCGGAUCCGACGAAACUAGUCGAUUUAUCGGAAUUCACUCCGGAGAAAAUUCGCAAUUUUGGAAUCGUCGCUCAUGUGGAUCACGGAAAGAGCACGCUAGCUGAUAGGUUGCUAGAACUAUGUGGAGUUGUUCCGCCUGGACAAAAGCAGAUGCUCGAUAAGCUGCAAGUUGAAAAAGAACGAGGGAUUACAGUUAAAGCCCAAACUGCUGCCCUACGUUACAAAGGAUACCUUUUAAAUUUAAUAGAUACGCCUGGUCACGUUGAUUUUUCUGCGGAGGUUACCAGGUCUCUAGCAGUAUGUGACGGAAUCAUACUAAUGGUAGCAGCGAAUCAAGGAGUUCAAGCGCAAACAAUUGCAAAUUUCUGGCUCGCAUUUGAGAAAAAUAUCACAAUGAUUCCGGUAAUCAAUAAAAUUGAUCUACCUGGUGCUAACAUUGAAUCAGUUCAUACACAACUGAAGACGUUAUUCGAGUUUAACCCCGAAGAAUGUCUUCAAGUGUCCGCAAAAAAUGGAAUCAACGUUGAGAAUGUUCUCAAGGCAAUUAUUGAAAGGGUUCCGCCACCAACGGCAAUCAUCGACGCCCCAUUCCGAGCAAUGAUCUUCGACUCAUUCUUUGAUCAUUAUCGUGGAGCCAUCGCUUUCAUUCAAAUAAAAGAAGGAUGCUUGAAAAGAGGCGAUAAAAUCAAAUCCUAUCAGAAUGAUAGAAGUUAUGAAGUGUUAGAAGUUGGAAUAAUGAGGCCAGAUAUGGUCAAAUGCUCAGAAUUGCGAGCCGGACAAGUUGGAUAUCUAGUUUGCAACAUGAAAACAGUUCAUGAGGCUGUUGUAGGAGAAACGUUAUACGCUACAGACACUCCAAAAAAUGAAGUAACGACGUUCGCUGAAAUCAAGUCGAUCAAACCUUCUGUAUAUGCCGGAUUAUUUCCCGUUGAGAGUUCAGAUUACGAAAAUUUAAAGCAGGCCGUCGAACGCCUUUGUCUCAACGAUCCUUCGGUGACGGUGACUCCAGAUUCAAGUAAAGCUUUAGGUCUCGGUUGGAGAAUAGGAUUUCUUGGAAUUCUGCACAUGGAAGUGUUCGGUGCUCGACUUUCUCAAGAAUACGACGCCAGUGUGAUUUUGUGCCAGCCCAGUGUUGAAUUCCGUGCCUUCAUCAAGGACAAUGAGACAAUUCAAGAAAGUGACGUCGAAAAAUUCCUUGAGCCAAUGGUGAAGGUGCGAAUGAUCGUUCCAAACGAAAUGAUGGGCACUGUCAACGGAUUAUGUUCGGAAUGUCGCGGAGAACGAGGCGAGAUUUCAUCAAUCGAUGAGACGCGCCUCAUGAUUGUUUGGAGAUUACCGCUGGCCGAAGUUGUUAUCGAUUUUUUCGAGCGAUUAAAAAAACUAACAUCGGGAUACGCUUCAUUCGACUAUGAGCCCGAUGGUUAUGCGGAAACGCGGCUCAUCAAAUUGGCAAUAUUGAUUAAUGGCAAAGAGAUUAGCGAAUUUUCGCAAAUCCUGCCGGCCGCAAUGGCUAGAGAACGAGCGAAAACUCUGGUUCAGAGAUUAAAGCGUGAAAUCCCAAGGCAACAAUUUGAGGUUACCAUUAAAGCCUGCGUCGGAAAUUCCACCAAAGCAUUGUCACAAGUCACAAUUCAACCAAUGAAACGCGAUUUUUCGCAACUCCUUAAAGGGAAUUUCGGAGGCGGCGGAAUGGAGAGACUCAACAAGAAGCUGAGCCAUCAAAAGAAGGGUAAAGAGCGCAUGAAAAUGCUCGGAAACGUGCAAAUUCCGAAAGAAGCGUUCCUAAAUGUACUUAAAAACUGA